AUGAGCCAAUUACUGUCGAUUCCAAAGCCACCUUCGAGCAACCAGCAUGGCUACGGACUUGUCGACGCAUCAGAGUGGAGGCACUUCCAGAACAGGUUCGAGUUCCUGGUCGCAAAAGGGGAUUGCACCGUGCUUCAAAACUUCUGCUUUCAAGCGGGUGGCUAUUGGUCCACUGAUGCGACGAAGAAGAGUGCGGAGUUCCUCUUCGAAUUUGGCACCUUGGGUAGCAGCCUCAGCUGGAGCGCUUCGCGCAAGUGGCUGCAUGCUUACUACCUACAGCUUGUACCCGGCUUUACGUGUACGUGCCGUGAGAGUGGUAUAUCGCCACGAGGCUGCUGUGCGCUCUCGAUGGCCUUCGUCAUCAUUGCGAAGCUCUGGAACUUGAUACCGUGGGAUGAAAUUGAGACCAUAGUGGAACUGCACAAGCAAGUUACAGAGCAACAGGCCAAUGGUCGGUGGACUUGGGAUGACUAG